AUGGAAAUAUCCCAGCCCAGCAUCGGCAUCUUCUACAUCAGCAAAGUGCUGGCCCUGGCUCCAUAUGCCACGCGGCGGAACUCCAAGGGCCAAGUGGAAAUCGGCCGCAGCUGGGCUUUCACGGUUUACUCGGCCACUUUGACGGUGGUGAUGGUUUUCCUCACCUACCGCGGACUGCUGUUCGAUGCCAACUCAGAAAUACCCGUGCGAAUGAAGUCGGCAACGUCGAAGGUGGUGACUGCUUUGGACGUUUCUGUGGUGGUCAUGGCCAUCGUAUCGGGUGUUUACUGUGGCCUUUUUAGCCUGAACGACACUCUCGAGCUAAAUGUUCGUCUAAACAGGAUCGACAACACUUUGAAUGGCUACAACAACUUCCGGAGGGAUCGGUGGCGAGCGCUCUCCAUGGCCGCGGUAUCCUUGGUGGCCAUUUCCCUUCUGGUCGGCCUGGAUGUGGGCACCUGGAUGCGCAUUGCCCAGGAUAUGAAAAUGGCGCAGUCAGAUACGGAGCUCAAUGUGCAUUGGUACAUACCAUUUUACGGCCUCUACUUUAUCCUCACGGGCUUGCAAGUUAACUUUGCAAACACCGCCUACGGACUGGGGAGGCGGUUUAGACGCCUGAAUCGAAUGCUCUCCAGCAGCUUUCUUGGCGAGAACAACACCUCCAGUGCCGUUAAGCCCCAUAAGGUCAGCACCGUCAAGAACAUCAGCUUGAAUCGUCCUGCGAUGCCAACUGCUUUGCACGCCAGCCUGACGAAGCUGAACAGUGAAACUCUGCCCAUCGAAUCUGCAGCCAAAAACAGGGGUCUGCUUCUCAAGUCGUUGGCCGACAGUCACGAGUCGCUGGGCAAGUGUGUCCACCUCCUGUCCAACUCCUUUGGCGUCGCGGUGCUCUUCAUCCUGGUCUCUUGCCUUCUGCAUCUGGUGGCCACUGCCUACUUCCUGUUUCUGGAACUGCUUAGUAAACGGGACAACGGAUACCUGUGGGUACAGAUGCUCUGGAUUUGCUUUCAUUUUCUGAGAUUGCUCAUGGUGGUGGAGCCGUGUCACCUGGCUGCCCGGGAGUCGCGCAAGACCAUUCAGAUUGUGUGUGAAAUCGAGCGAAAAGUGCACGAGCCCAUUCUUGCGGAAGCGGUGAAGAAGUUCUGGCAGCAGCUACUGGUGGUCGAUGCCGACUUCUCCGCCUGUGGAUUGUGUCGCGUCAAUCGCACCAUCCUAACAUCGUUCUCCUCGGCCAUAGCCACCUAUCUCGUGAUACUCAUUCAGUUCCAAAGGACCAACGGCUAGGGACCAGAAGCAGUUGUUAGACAUAUAAAAAGUGGCUUCUUUUAUUAACACUAUUCA